CUGCUGCCACCCGGUGUCUUACAUCAACGUGGUCGACAUGGCCAGCAACACUGCUCAGUGCACAUUUGACUUGGCUCCCGGACUCCCCAUACCCGUGUACGACUGUGCGAGCACACCAGCUACUGCAAGUACAUCAUUUAGCAUGAACCCGAGUGAAGAGACUAGUGGCUUGUCUACUGGCGCCAUUGCGGGGAUAGCAGUGGGUGCGGCAGCGGCGUUGGCAGCAACGAUUGUCACAGCUGUUCUUAUUGGCAAGAAGGCCCUCUGCGUCUCCAAAACACACCCAAAAGUGGAGACGAGCCAACCCCCUUUGGGACAUACACUGUGACACCUUUUCAGCACUUACAUUAUAAAUAUCCUUACAGUUUUGUCACAACACUAUCGUAUGAUUUAACACCUUCUUUCCAAACACUUGUGUUAUCUUGAUGUUGUAGUAGCAUUGUAACACAAAACAACUCUAAGUGUUCAUACAUAAACCUAUUAUCUGUGAGAUUUCUUGUCAUUUAAGCAGAGUUCGAACACAGGCACUACAGUGUGUAGCUUUUAAUUCCUUAAAUCUAUGGACGUUUGAAUACACAACUGGUUCCAUACAUUCACUUCCUGGUUGAAGUUUAUAACGUGUCAAUCCCACUGUUUAUUCUUUGCAGGAUCCGUCCAAAGACUUAUAUUGUAUUAUUACCAAUGCAUCUGAUAUACAUACCUCAUUGCGAGUCAUUACAAUAAUAAUAAGAUUUUGUGUCCAGAAAAUACAACAUAUAUCAUGUGUGUCUUAAGGUUUGUUGGUUGAAUAAAUAAUUGAUGUCAGAUUAUUAAUCCUA